GGAACUUGAAAGCUUUGAUAUCAUAAUGACAAUGACAGUUUAAAUCAAAAUUUUCCGUGGGAACUCGUUUAAUUUUCACUAAAUUCAUUGUUAUCACCGGCAAAUAAUUAAAAUAAUGGAUAACACCACAUAUCCCGGUUCAGAAACGGAUGUUAAUGAAACCUACGACAAUUGUGACUUUCAUUCAUUAGCAAGUAACGAGUUGGAUUUCGUAGACCAUUGGGUCAAUUUGACAGUGGAAAAAGAAGUACUGAGAGGCUGUAAGCUUCGGGAAGAGAAAGUCAAAUCAUAUCCUCUUUCGGACGAGUAUGAUGUUGGGAACGUCAAUUUGAUACCACCAGCUAAUAAUACGCCAUGUUACAGAAAACCUUCACCGGGAAGAACUAAAAUGAAGACGGGCUCGUGUAGUCCCAGAUCGAAUUCCCCUUUCUUCAGAGGCAACUCGUCAUCCCGAGCCUAUACGCUUACGUGUUCUCGGCCAAACACACCAAGUUUCAAAGCUAGAUGUGCCUCAAGAUGUCCCAUGAGGAUCGCAGAGCUGGCUGUACCCACCAAACGGCAAUGCAUUGAUACUUGGCGAAACAAAUGCGAUGUUCUACCAGCUUUUAUGGUGGAGAGAUUACGACAGCAAAUAAUGGAUGAAAGACCUAUUGUACACAUACCAGAAGCAAUAAGUUGUUUUAAACGACGAAAACCUAAAUCAAUUAAAUCUGUAAAGAGAACUAAAAAGGGGGCUCGUGACUCAAAACUGAAGAACGAAAGGAUGGCAGAGAUCAGAAACUUGUGUGCGGCCUUCGCCAACAAAAUUGCUCAACGGUUGAUCACGUCGCAAAAUUUGAAACUUACUCCAGAGUUGGAGAAAAUAUCGAAAAUUGUAGCGGAUGAAAUAACAAACAUCAUUCAAAACCGAAGGAAAUUCAGCCUAGAUGAUGUAACUAACAAGAAGAUUCAAGCCGAUAUAGCAGAUAAGAUUGCAAUUUGGAUUUCAUCAAUACUUGAAGAUACGUCAUACAAAAUUUUAGAAGAGGAUUUAAGAGUAAAAAAGCAAUUUGAACGGGAAGUAGACGUUAAAGAAGAGCAACUUGUCACUCUAAUAGGAAAACUACAGAACCAAGAAAAAACAUCAGAAUUAGAAGAGGAAGAAGGACCAGUAUUAGAUUUUAUUGAUGAUUUAGUAGAUAACGUGGUGACAAUAUGCGAGCCACAACAAUUUGAUGUUGAAGAAAUAGAUAAUCUUUCUGAAACAACAUCAAAGGGAAGCGGUGAACGUUAUGAUAGUAUACCGUCCCAAGAUUCUAUUGGAAACACUGAGGCUGAUCCUUCAACGUUAGAUGAAAAAUUAAAUAUUAAUAACGAUACGGGUGACUCUAUUUCAAACAAAAGCAAAGAAUUAGAGCUACAAGAUCCUCCUGCAUCAAACAAUGACAAUCAACCAUUUGAUCAAAGCGGUGACGUAGAAGGUAUUAAACUUGAUAUUAAUGACCACAUACGACAAGAACUACAAAAGAUUGUUGAUCAUGUUAUUCCCGCCGACUAUGAUGAUAACAUAGAAGAUAUUUAUUUCUCAAACAAUAAAGAUAUCAACGAUGAAACUCAAGACCAAUUGGUAGACGAAACAGACUUUACUAUUCAAAAUGCUGAAUUGCACGAAUCACUCGGAAACUCUGAACUUACCACUCAUUUAGAUGAAGUUCUUAGUGUACCCGAUUUAGCACUCGCUGGAGAUAAAGUUUUAAGUUCUAACAAUAGUUUCGAAGACAGCUUGGAUGAACCAAAUCCUAACUUAGAAAAUGAUAAUGCAGAAAUAAAUAAUGUGAGUGAGGCAUUUGAGCUCUUAGCCGAAGAGUCUCUUGAUGAAAAGAACAAAAAAGUAAAGUUUUCCGAUGUAGACAUGGACAUUCGAGGAACCACCAGAAAACUAGACAGUGACAGUGCCUUACAAUCGUUGGGACACACCGGCCGUGAGAAAGAGAGGGUAUCAUGGCGUUCAUCAUCAGACAGUAUAAAACAUGCUAUGGUAUUUGCGCCGCCUAACGAAAAUUUACUCAGUGAUGCAGAUGAAUUAUGGCCAGAUGACAUAGCAACUCCUGUACUUAAGCCAAGCGCUAGCGUAAGCAGGUCAGUUACAUCACUCGGGAAGAUUUUGGAAAAAGACGAUCUGAUAUUAGAAAAUGAAAUUAAUGAAUUGGAGGAUACACAUCAUGCAGAAGAGGAGAUAUUAGAACCAACAAACAUAGUAAGAAGUCUAAUAGGCGAAGAAAAUAAAGAACGAAACGAGCAGGAGAAUAAAGAAGCAGGCAUCGUAAAAGAUAAAUCCAACGUUGAUUCAACUGAUGACACAAACCAAGAUGUAACAGAUGAAACUUCAUCUGUUAACACAAUAAAAGCAAAACAGGAUAAUGCUAUGAUGGAUAAAACAGUGGAGGCUAAUGCUUUGCUAGAACCAGAAACCAAGCGAUUGAGUUUAGAUUCGAGCACAAGUCCAAUCAAAAUAACAAUAAAUGACGAUACUCUUGAAGAGAAGAAAUUAAUAGCAGAAAAGCCAUUAGCAAAGAAAGAUAUAAAGAAUCUCGAAAGCGACACAAAUGUUAUUUAUGAAGCUGUUCAACAAAAGAUGAAGUCUUCGUAUGCUAUAGCUGAACCGAAACAUGAUUAUAAAGUUCAUGCUAAAACGGCACCAUCGUGGUUACAUGACCACGGAAAAGGAGAACCGAGCGAGGACUCUUUUCGUGGAGACAAAUCAAAAGAAAAAAUCAAGGAAUCAGAAAUUCGUAAUUGGUGCAGGGAUCUGGAACGCAUAUUUGCAAAUCUGGAAAUGUGGAAUAACUGGGUUGAUACAACGUGUAAGAAUAUAAUGUAUCUCAAGCAAAAAAGAGAAAUGAAUAAAUUAUUUGUGCCAAAUUCUCGUAAAAAAGAUGCAAGGGACUGGAUGACUUUGAAGAAAAACAUUGAUAAAGACACAGUUUUGUGGACUAAACUAAACCAGAAAGCCUAUCAAAGGCUGAAAACUUAUCAAGAUAAAACUAAGUACCAAAGCCCAGCACAAUCCGAAAUUCUGAAUAUGAAUGAUGAUAACAUUGAAGCGGUUUUAAAAACUGUGCAAGAUAUCGAUAGAAUAUGUUUGUGGAUGCAUAGAACGAUCGUGUCUACCGAGUAUUGUAUGUUAUGUGAUUGCAAGAACACUACAAAAAGAAAACCUUUUUAGUUAAGUUGCAAGUAGAAUGUGUAAAAAAAUUUUAAAACGUUUUUAAAUCAAUAUUAGGCAAUUUACUUGUUUUUGUGACAUUAAAAAAGUCUUAAAAUGU